UUUUCAUUGAUCAUUUCCACUUGCUGCUAACCCACCCAUUUGCAGCUGGCUCCGACCUCCGUUUAUACCCAUCUCCCCCGGACCUGUAUCAGUGAAUGACAUUGACAAAUCAUCAGGUAUGCACACCGAAGACUGUAGCACAAAUCAACCGGGUCAACAGAGGCCUGUGAUCAAUAAUCUCAGCUUUAAUCAGCUGCCAGAGGAGAACCGAAGACAGAGAAAAGAACUUCAAAGUCCUAAUGGCUCAAAGGAAUUCAUUCCUGAUGAUCGUAACCAUGGCAUCUACUUUGCCAUGUUAUUGGCUGGUGUCGGCUUUCUACUGCCGUACAACAGCUUCAUCACAGAUGUGGACUAUCUCCACCGGCGCAAAUUUACAAGGCUCAUUGUGUUCGAUAUGAGUUUGACGUAUAUACUGGUGGCUUUGAGUUCUGUCAUUGUGAACAACAUGCUGGUGGAGAAACUGAGUUUACACACGCGGAUCUGUGGUGGAUAUCUCUUUGCUUUGGGACCUUUGGUGUUUGUGAGCAUAUUUGAUGUUUGGUUGGAGCUGUUUGACACUAAGCAGUCAUAUGUUCUCAAUUUGGUCUCAGUUGCCAUUGUUGCAUUUGGAUGCACAGUGCAACAGUCCAGCUUCUACGGAUACACAGGGAUGCUACCCAAGAGGUACACACAGGGCGUGAUGACUGGAGAGAGCACCGCAGGAGUUAUUGUCUCGCUGAGUCGGAUUUUUACAAAGCUUCUGGUGGAAGAUGAGAAGAUCAAUACCAUCGUCCUCUUCCUCUUUUCCGUCUCAAUAGAGACUCUCUGUUUUCUGUUGCACGUGGUGGUGUGGCGAACCAGAUUUGUGCGUUAUCACACGGACAGAGCUCAACAUAGCCACACAAGCUUUACAGGACAGAUUCACGAUUCUCCUGCUCGAAAACACGUUGACUAUCAGAUACGCUAUGACAGCAGUGCAGAGGAAGAGGAUGGAACAGUGGUGUCAAGCGCAGUUGAUGAUGCUGAUGGAGUUCAUCUUGGCAACAGUUUCCAUGGUGAUGAAACAUACGUCAGAUUUGAUGUACCUAAACCGGACACCAGAACGACAUGGAUUAGUGUCAAGGAGCUGCUGGGUCGUAGGUGUGCUGUUGUCAGACGGAUUUGGGCUUAUAUGCUUUCAAUAACAAUGACAUAUUUCAUCACUCUGUGCCUCUUCCCUGGUCUGGUGUCAGAGUUACACGACGAUAUCCUGGGAGAAUGGUUGCCGAUUCUCACCAUGGCUCUGUUUAAUAUGGGUGACUUUGUGGGCAAGAUCUUGGCCGCUUGUCCGUGUAAGUGGAGUGGCGUUCAGCUGUUGGUUGGUUCGUGUUCGCGGGUUCUCCUCUUGCCUCUGUGUAUAAUGUGUGUGUCACCCAUUCAGCCUCCCUUACUGAAGCACCCAGCUUGGCCUUGUAGUUUCUCUUUACUGCUGGGUGUCAGUAACGGAUACCUUGGAUCUGUGGCAAUGAUACAGGCAGCUGGACACGUGCCACUUCAACAGCGAGAAGUAGCAGGGAACACCAUGACUGUAUCCUACAUGGCUGGACUGAUGCUCGGGUCUGUAGUGUCCUAUUCAACGUACAUCCUAAAGACACACACCUGUCUCGUUGUGAGAAUAAAUGAUACGCUUACACCACAGAGAUACAUGCCUGGCCACUGAAUGCCAUCUUAAAGAUUCUCUUGAAGAUCCCUGCUGAAAAGAGCAGACCUGAAUUUCCCAUCUAGGAUCAGUUUGUACGGAUUGGUGCAGUUCAGUAGGUUUAUGCAUUUUAUUAAAAAUGAACACUGGUUGACUGGGAAUGUCUUACUGGUUAAGCCUGGUGUGGGACAAGGAUCCAAAACAAUGGUGAAAAGUGAUGCUGAUCUUUUUAACAGGGAUGUUGUAACAAAUAGAGCGUAAAUAUGUGAGACUAAAAACCAUCAAACUGCCAUUUAAAAUGAUGUAUGAUUAUCCAUGUCAUCUGUCAUGUAUCUUAUUCUGGCCAAAAAUAAGACAGGAAUGGGUCAUAUAAAAUUGAACAAAUACUUUUUGUAAAAUGAUAUUUGGAGUUUGAUUCAUGCCAGCCAAUCAAAAUGGAGCUGACUCUCACAUUAAGGGGUCAUUUCCUGAUUCCUGAUUUUUUUACACUGGCUGUCACAGAUAAGUUCAAUAAAACAUAUAAAGACAAAAAUCUUGUAUUCUGAUUUCAAAACUGUGCAAAGUAAUGCAAAGAUAUUUACAGUAAUGCAUCUCCCUGUAAAGUCUCUAUAGCAUGGGCAUGCCAUUUUGGGGUUCAUUAAAGGUGCAUUGCGUAACUUUUAGAAGGAUCUCUUGACAGAAAUGCAAUAUAAUAUACACUAUACAUACAGUAUAUAAUUAACUGUAUUGUUUUUAUUAUCAUAUAAGUUGUUUUUAUCUACAU